UAAAUUUGUUGACUCAAAAUUCAGUUUAAUUCAUGACACUAAGCAAUUAUUUUGAAACAACAUCUGGCUUGAAUCAGUUAUGCGUGAGUUAUAAAAACGUUGGCUAUUUAACUUAGAUAUAUAUUAUAUAUACACACAUUACUAUUGUUGGGAUAUAUUAUCCCGGCCUAUUACUGUUCAUGAGUCCAAGGCUUUACGUAGUACGGAGCCCGAGCAGCUAGGCCCAUUUCGGCCCAUCCGGCCCACUUUAGCCAUUUGGGCCCACUCUGGCCCGUUUGACCCAUUAGGGUGGAGAGCCCCUUCUCCCCUUCCCCUAUUUAUAGGAGGUUUUCCCUCCAUGUAAAGGACUUCCUUCUUCCUUCUCCCUCUAGAAUAGCUCAAAUACUCCAUGAAUGGAGCUCAAAAUGUACUAUGUAAUGGUGAGGAGAGCCUAAUGAGAAUUGAGAGGGCUUGGACAUUAGCCUAAAAAGUCCCGUGGUUUUCUCCCUUUCGGGUUUCCACGUAAAAAUAGUUUGUUCAUACACAUUUAUACAUAUAUUUACUAUAUCGUGUUGGAUUAAACUCAACACUGGCGCCGUCUGUGGGAAUCUGUCCAAAAAGAUUCAUGUGUUCUAUUGUUCUUGGGUUUCUAAAAAAAAUCAUACGGAUGAACUGGAUUCCAGAAAAGAAAAAAGGAAAGAAAUGGCUCUGAGGGAAGAAGAAACGAAGAAGGUACAGAAAUUGGGAAGCCAAAUCUGGAUUUUUGUUUCCAAGUCUGUUUUUGAAGUCGCCGGAGCCACCGCCGUACCCGCCGGCAGGGAGCCUCCGUGGUGUUAGCCGGCACCAGAAAAAGCUCGCUUAAGCACCCCAAAUCUCAUAGCACCUACAACACAGCUGCUCGUCACGCGCAGCUGCUUCUGCCGCCUAAAGUCGCCGCACCGCCGCUCGCCGCCGGCGGUCAACCACCGACUACCCCUCCGCCUGGUCAGUCACGGGGCGAGCCUCCACCAGCCAUCCUGUUCGACCGCUGUGACCUGAGGACCUGCCGACUGGGAGUUUGAUUUCCGCCAUUAAUGGUGUUUUUUAAGCUCAAAGGAAGUAAAAUCUGAAGCUCAAAAGAUCUCCCAACGAAACUACACCCUCUGGCCGGCCUUGCUCUGCCGUGACCACCAUCUCCACCGACGGAAGGUGGCCGGCACGUGCAGCCUGCUGAUGGGUUGGUAGAAGGCUGUUCCAUCUGUCUGUCCUAAGAGGUACACUCCGCGUAAAUGCCUUGGUCUGAAGCUGACCACGUCCGCAAGUUUUGGGACCAAGAAUAGAAGGUUGGCUGCUUUGGAAGAGUUGACCAGCAGCUGGGUCUGCACAAUAUGAUAAAAGGGAAGCAAAUCUGGCUCUACAUAGCCUCGUUACUGGCCGAGUCUUUAACUUGGAAGCUAAGUGCCACUUACUCCCUUUAUUUAAGUAUUCGAAUAAUGAAGCAUGAUUAAAUAUUGCAAUUAAUUUGUAUCACCAUUAUUUAUUAGGGAUUGAAACUCCCGAAAUUAAAUAAUGAGAGCGAUGCUCUAAGUGAUAAUUAGUUUUACCGUCAUUUAAAUUUAAUGACUGGUUGUUGUGUGCCUGUUGGCCCGCUCCUGAUCGGCUUUAAUUAGCGAACGGAGUAUACUUGAAUGGCCUUCGAUAGGGAAGUAUCAUUGCUAUUACCGGUUAUGUCACUAUUAUUUAUUAGGGGUAAAAUGUCCCGAAUUAAAUAAUGUCGAGCGAGGCUCAAGUGAUGGUUAGUUCAGCUAACAUUUUAUUAAGUAUUUAAUUUCUUGUGGGCCCGUGGGUCCACUCUCGAUCAGCUUGAUUAAGCGAUCUGAGCGUCUCCAAAAGGGCGAUGCCCCGACGACGCAUUUUAAUUGAGGGGUUACGCAUUGGUCCGCAUGGCACCAAGUGCCCGAGCGACGAUCGUACCCUAGUACCAUCUACGCCACUAGGCGAAGUGACUGUGCCAAACGCGGCCUGUGGGGCCCGAGGGCACCGAAGUGCUCAACCUCAUUUUUUCGAGGGUAGUGCGACCAACUUGGGUCUGAGUUUGAAAACUCACGGACCGGUGAAUAUUUCUAUGUGACGUUCGGCAGGCUGCUAAUUGGCCCCGCCGCAAGCUGCUACGUCCAUUAACCCCGCACGAUGAGCCGGGUCGAGGGUCACGAUGACCCAUAGGCCGGUAAUCGUGGGUGUUAGAGGGAAGCCACGAUGACCCAUGCAGAUGGUUAUGUGUGCAUAUUUAUUAUCGGGCCGUGCGGCCCGUUACCAUGCUUAUUGCGCAGCCGAAGCCGCUCGACGCGCUUGAGCGAAAUGAUUAGAAGACGCUCGGCCCGAGUCUUGAAGACGUGCAGGGCUGGCUAAAGAGGAGACCAUCACGGCUGAGGACCGUGAGACGAGCAUCUCCACCUAGAGGCCGAGGGCCUAGAGGAGACCACCACGGUUGAGAACCGUGGGACGGGCAUCUCCACCCCAGAGACCGAUGGCCUAGGGAGAACACCUAGAGGCCAAGGAUCUAGAGGCGAAUGCCAUGACAGAGAACCGUGAGACGAUCAUCCAUCAUUCGGAGGCCGAGGGCCUAGAGGAGACCAUCACGACCGAGGGCCGUGAGACCAUCCUGAUUUUUAGGUCGGCCUCCCAUCGCCGACACCAUUAUAUCAUGACCGGCCUCUCGGCCCGACGUGAUUAUCAUAUUUGAAGACCGGCCUUGUCCCCGCCCUCGCGGACGAGGGCCGUUGCUUGAUUCUUUCAGAUCGGCCUCUCAUUGCCGACACUGUCAUAUCAUGUUCGGCCCCCCGGCCCGGCGUGAUUAUCAUCUUUGAAGACCGGCCUCGUCCCCGCCCUCGCGGACGAGGACCGUUGCUUGAUUUUCUCAGAUUGCCCCCCAGGCCGACACUGUUACAUGGCCACCGACCCCCUGGUACGGCGCCAUUAUCAUCUUUGAAGACCGGCCUCGUCCCCGCCCUCGCGGACGAGGACCGUUGCUUGAUUUUCUCAGAUCGCCCCCCAGGCCGACACUGUUACAUGGCCACCGACCCCCUGGUACGGCGUCAUUAUCAUAUUUGAAGACCGGCCUCGUCCCCGCGCUGCGCGGACGAAGACCAUUGCUGGAUUUCUUUCAGGUCGGCCUCUCAUCGCUGACAUCAUUAUAUCACGACCGGCCUCUCGGACCGGCGUGAUUAUCAUAUUUGAAGACCGGCCUCGUCCCCGCCCUCGCGGACGAAGACCAUUGCUUGAUUCUUUCAGGUCGGCCUCUUACUGCCGACACUAUCAUGUUAUGUUCGGCCUCUCGGCACGACAUAUUUAUCUUUUGAAGACCGGUUUCAUCCCCGCGCUGCGUUGGAUGAGAGCCGUUGCUCGGAUAUAUCGGCCUGACUAGACACUAUUGCCAUCUCCAUUAUCAGGACCGACUGCUCAGCGACAUUAUGAUCAUUGUAUAUCGGCUCCCAAUGCCGACCUUCUUGAGUUAGCGAUCGGGCUCACCCCUCCCUUCAGGAGGGUGACCAUCGCCUUCGCAUGACGACCAGCAUUUCCAUCGCCUCGUCAUUCUAUUCAUUUUGAUAUCCCACCACCAUUAUGUGUGACAUCACUUGUGGUUACUCUUGGAACCGACGAACGUAUUUUCCUCCCUCAAAAAAAAAAAAAAAAAAAAAAAGAAGAAAAAAAAAAAAGAUGGGGAGAAGGGGAGACGAGAUCCUAUGAGAGAGGGAGUCUUGACGAGGUAUGUCUGAUCUUCCUUCGCCGCGUAUGACGAACGUCUCCCGACGCGGAGGCUAGUAGGAACGUGGGGGGGGCUAGACGUACCAAAGGGAACCUCGGCAAGAUAAACCAGUUCCUCCCAUGACCCGUGGUUCGAUGAACACCUUCUGCCAAAGCAGAAGGCUAGUAGGGCCACGAGCAUGGGACGACGAAGCAGGGAAUCCCGACGUGGAUAAACCAGUGACCUCCUUGCGAUCGUUGGAUGACCGAACGUCUUCUUCGAAGUAAGAAGAUUAGUAGGACCACGACGGGGACGAACGAAGAAUAGGGAAUCCCGACGUGGAUAAACCUGUUCCUCCUUGCGAUCGUUGGAUGACCAAACGUCUUCUUCGAAGUAAGAAGAUUAGUAGGACCACGACAGGGACGAACGAAGAAUAGGGAAUCCCGACGUGGAUAAACCUGUUUCUUCUCAUAGUUGGGAUGACGAACGUCUCCUGCGAAACCAGGAGACCAGUACUCACGAGACUUGGGAAGAACGAAGAACCGAGUUCUUUACCGGAGUCUGUUGCGUGCCGAGUGUACACCGCUUAGCGGUCCAUACAUAGGACCACGGAUACGGUAGACGAACGAAGACCAGCUCCAUGGAUCAGACAUGAUGGACCAGUUCUUUACCGGAGUCUGUGCGUGCCGAGUGUACAUCGCUUAGCGGUCCGUACAUAGGACCACGGAUACGGUAGACGAACGAAGACCAGCUCCAUGGAUCAGACACGAUGGACCAGUUCUUUACCGGAGUCUGUGCGUGCCGAGUGUACACCGCUUAGCGGUCCGUACAUAGGACCACGGAUACGGUAGACGAACGAAGACUAGCUCCUCAGAUCAGAUGGGAGGGACAUCACCCAGAUUUAUUUCAGGCUCACCAUUCCUUCCCGAAAGGAGUCCUGACAGACGAUUGGCUUCCCACAGCCAAUCGGGAGAGAGACUUGACACAUCACCAGCACGGCCGAGGGCCGCGAGACGAUUAUCACUCACCGACAGGCCGAGGGCCAUGAGAUGAUCAUCACUAUUUUUCUGUAUCACGAUCGGCCCUUCAGCGCCAUCGUACCCAGCUCACGGUUCGGCUCGUCCAUCCCUUCCAGGGUGGCGACGAACGUCUUGUGCAUCACGAUCGGCCCCUCAGCGCCAUCGUGUCCAGUUCACGGUUCGGCUCGCCCAUUCCCUCCAGGAUGGCGACGACCAUCUUGUGCAGUAUGAUCGGCCCCUCAGCGCCAUCGUACCCAGCUCACGGUUCGGCUCGUCCAUCCCUUCCAGGGUGGCGACGAACGUCUUGUGCAUCACGAUCGGCCCCUCAGCGCCAUCGUGUCCAGUUCACGGUUCGGCUCGCCCAUUCCCUCCAGGAUGGCGACGACCGUCUUGUGCAGUAUGAUCGGCCCCUCAGCGCCAUCAUACCCAGUUCACGGUUCGGCUCGCCCUUUCCCUCCAGGAUGGCGACGACCGUCUUAUGCAGUACGACCGGCCACUCAGCGCCAUCGUACCCAGCUCACGGUUCGGCUCGUCCAUCCCUUCCAGGGUGGCGACGAACGUCUUGUGCAUCACGAUCGGCCCCUCAGCGCCAUCGUGUCCAGUUCACGGUUCGGCUCGCCCAUUCCCUCCAGGAUGGCGACGACCGUCUUGUGCAGUAUGAUCGGCCCCUCAGCGCCAUCGUACCCAGCUCACGGUUCGGCUCGUCCAUCCCUUCCAGGGUGGCGACGAACGUCCUGUGCAUCACGAUCGGCCCCCUCAGCGCCAUCGUGUCCAGUUCACGGUUCGGCUCGCCCAUUCCCUCCAGGAUGGCGACGACCGUCUUGUGCAGUAUGAUCGGCCCCUCAGCGCCAUCGUACCCAGCUCACGUUCAGCUCAUCCAUCCCUUCCAGGGUGGCGACGAACGUCUUAUGCAUCACGAUCGGCCCCUCAGCGCCAUCGUGUCCAGAUUCACGGUUCGGCUCGCCCAUUCCCUUCCAGGAUGGCGACGAACGUCUUUAUGCAGCACGAUCGGCCUCUCAGCGCCAUCGUGUCUGGCUCAUGUUCGGGCCGCCCAUCCCCUCCAGGACGGCGACGACCGUUUUAUGCAGCACGAUCGGCCCCUCAGCGCCAUCGUGUCUCUUUCACGUUCGGAUCGCGCAUCCCCUCCAGGAUGGCGACGACCGUCUUAUGCAGCACGAUCGGCCCCUCAGCGCCAUCGUGUCUCUUUCACGUUCGGAUCGCGCAUCUCUUCCGGGAUGGCGACGAACGUCUUAUGCAGUGCGAUCGGCCCCUCAGCGCCAUCGUACCUGGCUUCACGGUUCGGCUUGCACAUUCCCUCCAGGAUGGCGACGACCGUCUUAUGCAGCACGAUCGGCCCCUCAGCGCCAUCGUGUCUCUUUCACGUCCGGAUCGCGCAUCCCUUCCAGGAUGGCGACGAACGUCUUAUGCAGUGCGAUCGGCCCCUCAGCGCCAUUGUACCUGGCUUCACGGUUCGGCUCGCACAUUCCCUUCAGGAUGGCGACGACCGUCUUAUGCAGCACGACCGGCCCCUCAGCGCCAUCGUGUCUCUUUCACGUCCGGAUCGCGCAUCCCUUCCAGGAUGGCGACGAACGUCUUAUGCAGUGCGAUCGGCCCCUCAGCGCCAUCGUACCUGGCUUCACGGUUCGGCUCGCACAUUCCCUUCAGGAUGGCGACGACCGUCUUAUGCAGCACGAUCGGCCCCUCAGCGCCAUCGUGUCUCUUUCACGUUCGGAUCACGCAUCCCCUCCAGGAUGGCGAUCGACCGUCUUAUGCAGCAUGAUUGGCCCCUCGGCGGCAUCAUGUCUAGUCCACCUUCGGCUCCGCCCAUGCCAUCUCGGAUGGGGGACCCGUCUUAUGCAGCACGUCUGCUUGUCGGCGCUGACAUGCCCGGGUUAUCGAUGAGAGCUACUGCUUCUAUCACAUCUUGCAUUCCCUCUCUCAUACAUUACAUACAUACAUUACAUGCAUACAUACAUUCAUGCAUCAUACCUCAUACAUUCAUACAUACACACGUGCAUCAUGUUUUGAUAGUACCGCGACGUCGAGUUAUAGAUGAUGGACCUCUAAGCUUCUCCGAUUGGAAAGCUCGAGUCAGAGUCCUUUACUCCCGCCUGAUGCAUUCAGGGGGAGUGUGCCCGUGGAGGAGCACCCUUCGCCCGACCCUAUCGGGAAGGGGGGUGCCUCACUGGUAGAUUACGUUCAGGAGUGCAGACACUCACUCAUAUAUGAUGAUUAUGUGAAGACACAGUUUCCAGCAAGACAGAGGAAGAGCGCAGGCAGAGUAUAUUUUCUCGAGCAGAUUCGCGAGCUCACUACUCAAGAAACUGGGGGACUUGUGUUGGGAUAUAUUAUCCCGGCCUAUUACUGUUCAUGAGUCCAAGGCUUUACGUAGUACGGAGCCCGAGCAGCUAGGCCCAUUUCGGCCCAUCCGGCCCACUUUAGCCAUUUGGGCCCACUCUGGCCCGUUUGACCCAUUAGGGUGGAGAGCCCCUUCUCCCCUUCCCCUAUUUAUAGGAGGUUUUCCCUCCAUGUAAAGGACUUCCUUCUUCCUUCUCCCUCUAGAAUAGCUCAAAUACUCCAUGAAUGGAGCUCAAAAUGUACUAUGUAAUGGUGAGGAGAGCCUAAUGAGAAUUGAGAGGGCUUGGACAUUAGCCUAAAAAGUCCCGUGGUUUUCUCCCUUUCGGGUUUCCACGUAAAAAUAGUUUGUUCAUACACAUUUAUACAUAUAUUUACUAUAUCGUGUUGGAUUAAACUCAACAACUAUUUUAGUGGGACAGGUCAUAAAGGAAAAAUAAGACAUUCUUAAU